AUGGACCGACAGCUCGCCGGCCACGCAGGCAGCGAAACGCAUAGGACCAGGAGCCAAGUUGAGCGAGCACAGGGACAAGGAAAUCAGUGGAUCAAUCCAAUCGUCCUGUAUAUCCUCGCAUUCAUCGGCUUAUUAGCCAUCUAUGAGAAGCUGUAUCAGCUAGGAACGCUGAUCACAGACGGGUUUUUCCCGCCUGAAAGCGAAAACCAACCAGAACCGGCGGAAGGAGCGGAAGUGCAACUUCAGCUGGAUAAUGCAACGGUGCGCCUCAACAUCACCGCCUACCGAGACGGUAGACAGCUGAACAUCAGCCAGACGGUGAAUGCGCCAGCGGCAGCCCCGCGGCCAGGUUCCGCGGAAGCCCCGCAGCCUCAACCGGCAGAAACCCCGCGGCAGGAGGAACUAACUCCUAGUCGCAUCGAGCGCUGGUCAGAGGAACAGUGGGUACAGAAAGGGGCAGAAAGCAACAUGACCCUCCAGGAGCUGAUCGAAUGGCGCAGGCGCGAAGAAAGGCUGAUUCAAGGGCAAGACCCAGACUCCAGCCAAGAUGAGCCAGGUGAGUCAACUUCGCACAGUGCGGACAGCCCCGCCUCUGAGCGGGAUGCACCGCCUGAGCGGGACGAACCGCCUGAGCGGGUAGCACCGCCCGAGCGGGGCCCAGAGCUCUUGACGGGAGACCCCGCCACUGAGCGGGAAGCUCCGCUAGAUCCCUUUGAUGGGAUGAGUCCAAAUGAGCUCCAGCAGUGGCGAGUCCGAGAACCGAUUUCUGGGGAUCGGAGGCGGCAGCUCCAGUGGCGACAGCCCUUUCUUUGGCCACAGCUAGCCAGGGGAGGUAUAGCUACGUCUCACCAAGAGAACCCGGCAGUGAGCCAUGCCACUCUAAGUAGGGUGGCAAACUGCAAAGGGUAA